AUGAUGACUAUGAGCUCCCUGGCCGAGAGCCUGCUGGGGCCGGACCCCUCCAAAUCCGCUUUCCUGGAGUUCGGGCACAACCACCCACCCUCGCCCCAGCCGCCGCCGCCUUCCCCCAGCCUGGCUCAUGGCCACUACCCCCUCCACGGCUUGCACGGCUCCGGCCACGACGGGGGCCCCUUUGCACCCUACGGACGGUCCGUGGCUUACUCGUACCCCGGCUCGGCUGGCGGCACCCACCACCCGCACCAUCUCCACGGCAGCCCGUACCUGUCCUACCAGCAACACGGCGCCCAGCAGCCGGCCAGCGCCCUGGGGCACCGGGGCAGACUAGAGGAGACAGAGCACGAGAAAACCACCGUGAUCGAGAACGGGGAGAUCCGCAUCAACGGCAAAGGGAAGAAAAUCCGCAAGCCCCGCACCAUCUACUCCAGCCUGCAGCUCCAGGCGCUCAACCAGCGCUUCCAGCAGACCCAGUACCUCGCCCUCCCGGAAAGAGCGGAACUGGCGGCGCAGCUGGGACUGACCCAGACGCAGGUUAAGAUCUGGUUUCAGAACAAACGCUCCAAGUACAAGAAGAUCAUGAAGCAGGGCUCCAGUGUUCAGGAAGGGGAGCACCUCCACAACUCUGCAUCCUUGUCCCCCUGCUCACCCAACAUACCCCCUCUCUGGGACGUUUCCAUGGCUGGCAAAGGAGCCCCGAUCCCUCCCAACAGCUACAUCAACAGCUUUGGACCUUGGUAUCAACCACACCAGCAAGACGCCAUGCCGAGACCACAUAUGAUGUGA